AUGCCUGGUGGAAACCCAGAAGCAUGGCCGUAUCUCAAACCAAUAUUGCAGUCGAUUGCUGCCAAAACCGAUGGAGAGCCAUGCUGUGACUGGGUGGGGAACGCUGGUGCUGGACAUUUCGUAAAAAUGGUUCACAAUGGAAUAGAAUACGGAGACAUGCAGCUGAUUGCCGAGGCCUACGAUUUAUUGCUUGAGGGAGUAGGGCUCAAUUGCGAUCAGAUGGCGGAGGUCAUGGACGAAUGGAAUCGCGGCGAUCUGGAUUCGUUCCUCAUUGAGAUCACAGCGAACAUCCUGCGAUACAAGGAUGAAAAGGGAGAGCAUAUUCUUCCCAAAAUUAGAGACGCUGCUGGACAGGUGAGGUUAUUUUCACAGAUAUAGGA